AAGASGCCAAAAAUGUAUUUUCCGUUUAUGACCACUUCUUGUUGUUAUCAACAUCUCCAGGCGCUAUAUUUCAUCUAUUCCACGGUAAUCCAUACUUUAUUUCUUAAAAGAAAUAUUCUCCGUUCAAAUAACGUACGCCCGGUACUGUGGWAAUUCUCUCUUGGAAGACUUUGUGACGUCACGGAUUCGCUCCCCGAACUACCUGCUGAACACGUCAAGAUUUUGGAGAGAUAAGAAUUCCAUUGAAGAAAAAUCAACGUUUUGAUCCUAAACUGGAAAGCCUUUUAAGCUGUUAAGAUGGAUUUUCAACAGGGAAAAAUKCCACAUUCAUCGAAGAUUGUCGAAUAAGAAGAGAAUUUUCUACUCGUCAUCUUCGUGUUUAUCAAGCGAUGAAAAUAUUUACUUUACUGACAAAAAUAUUUGGUCAAUACUGCCGGUUAAUAUGAGAAUGGUGUGGAUGCUGGAGUUAAUUGUGUUUUGACGACAAUUCAUGAAGUAAAAGACGAAUAACUAAAGACUACAUAAAACAUGGCCUCAGGAGAACGAUCUGCAGCUGUUAUUCCAAAGAAUUAUACAACUCAAGGACAGAUCAAAACUAUGAUAUUCUCAAGUUGUUUAGGCAGUUUUAUCACAAUUAUUGUUAUUUCAUUCCUUCUUCGAAACACUGCUUUUAUAAACAUUUAUCUUACGAAUAACAACGUGCCAACGUCGGACUCUGUCGGAACGCAGUCGGAAACAACCGAAGAACGGGUUAAACGUUCAUAUGCUACAGAAGCGAAAUUAAUUCUAUUGCCUUAUGCAGCUAAAAAGGGAGCAGUUUGCCUUGAUGGGUCUCCCCCUGGAUAUUACUAUAGAGCAGGAUUUGGCAAGGGGGUAGGAAACUGGAUCAUACACUUCUUUGGUGGAGCAUGGUGCUUUGAUGAAAAGGCUUGCUUACAAAGAAGUAAGACUGUGCUUGGAUCCUCGACGUUUUUCCCUCCGCACCCACCUAAACUUCAAGGCAUUUUGUCUAGUAAUCCCAAAACGAACCCAGACUUUUACAAUUGGAAUCUAGUGAUGAUGUGUUACUGUGAUGGCGCCUCUUUUUCGGGAUAUCGUCGAGAACCCGUCCGAGUAAACGGCGAAUAUAUUUACUUGCGAGGACGAAGAAUUUUAGAAGUCAUUUUUGAAGAACUUAUGCAGAGUGAUUUUCGAAACGCGCGGAGGGUUUUGUUAACUGGCACUUCUGCGGGUGGAUUAGCUGUGAUAAUUCACUCCGAUUUUAUCCGAAGUUUGCUGCCUUCUUCGACCGAUGUUCGCGCUGUCUCGGACUCGGGAUACUUUGUCGAUGUACCUUCAGUCGAUGGAGGCAACAUCGUUAAUAGGCAUUUUAAGAAAAUGUUUGAUGUUCACAACUCAGCGAUUGGCAUCAAUGAGGAAUGUGUACGAUCAGCGGUCCCGCGAUAUCGGUGGAAAUGUUUGUUUCCUCAACAUACUUUAAGGUUUCUCCACACACCUAUAUUCAUCCUUCAAUCAGCCUUCGACGCCUGGCAAAUGAUCCACAUACGGGGAAUUAACUGCCAGGUACCAAAUUUUGAUUUUUUCACAGAAAAACGAUCCCAUGUUACAAAGCGCAGCUCUGAAAACCAAGCACGGCACAAAUCCUGGGCAUAUAAACAUAUCCACGGUAUCUACUGUAAACCACCAGAGUGUACCGAAAGAGAACUCGCCGACAUGCUAGAAUUUAGAAAUUUGACUCUUCGCGCUCUCGCACCAGUAAUAAGGUCACGUGAUUCGGGAUUGUAUCUGACGUCAUGUAUGGAGCAUUCACAAAGUCUCUAUGAUGAUACAUGGACAGAUGUGUACAUAAAUGAAGUCAGUAUAGCACAGGCAAUCAGUAAUUGGUGCUUUGGUCGUACAGACUUUCACUAUCAUGUAGACUGUGGAUCAUUUUCGUGUAACCCGACGUGCUCUAGCGUGUGGUAAAACACCGUGGGUUAAAAACAUCGUAUUGUGAAAAAACACCGUAUAAGUCAGUGAAACAUGUUGCGGUACAAAACUGUUGGGGGAAAAAAUCUUGUUUUAUACUACCGCCGGGUAAAACAUCGUGAUAAAAUACCGUAUAGGACGGUAAAAAAUCGAGUGUGGUGUCCGUGGUCAAACCUCGUGGGGGUAACACGUAAAACAUCGUCUGGUACUCGGUAUAAUAACAACACCGUAGUGUUAUCAAGGUGAAUGGAAUGGGUUUCGAAUCAGUACUUUGGGCUCUUUUAUGACCUAUUAAAGCCUUAUAUUCCAUCACUCCAAAGCAAUAGAGUUUGGACUGACCUGACGUUUUAAUUAAAAGGUCGCGUCGUCCAAG